AUGUCUAAUUCUUCUGAAGAAGCCACCAGUUCUGGCAAUAAUAUGGGUUUAGUUUCUAUGCUCUCCAAGACCAAUUCAACAGCUUUGCCUUGUGGGAAAACUAUAUAUACAUUUGGUUGUGAAUUUUUUUUUAUGACCGCGAGGGUGCUCCAUUUGGGUCUAAUCAAAUCACUUUCUGAACUACAGCGCUUGCAUCAGAAACUGGGAUUAAAUAAAACCGCUCUGUCCAUUAUAAAUGUGUUGGUUGGACAAGCUCCCUUCCCACAGCCAGAGAAGGAUAUGGAGCUUCUCCACAAGGAACUCGAAAUUCUCUUUGAAGGGAAUAGGAAACUCAAAUUGGAUUGGCGGAAUUUUUGCUGUUAUCUAUCUCAGAUACUGCAGGAUAAAGCAUUACUCCAGGAGGCACUGUCUUUCUACCGUUUGAUGGUUGUUUGGUUGGUGGACCUUGUGGGUGGGUUUAAAAUGCCUUUACCAUUAAGCUGCCCUAUUGAAUUUGCUUGCGUGCCUGAGCACUUUGUCGAAGAUGCAAUAGAAAUGCUUAUUGUAGUCUUUACAUACUCUGAAUUGUUGAAUGAUAUCAUUCCUGAAAUGGAUGAAUUCAUGAAAUUCAUUAUAAUGUUCAUAGCGAGUUCGAAUUAUAUUCGAAACUCUUAUAUAAGACAAAGGAUGGUGGAACUCUUGGGUCUGUGUAUCAGCAAUAGAAGAUGCUCAUCUUCAGUGAUCACCAUUUUUGAAGGCAAUCAACUAUGUGUUGAAUAUCUUGUUCGGAAUCUUCUAGCGCUUUACGUUAGCAAGGAGUUCACCGGUUCUCCAAAUCAGGUCCAAUUCCGCAGAAGUAUUAUGCAGAUUCUUGCCUACUUGUGGGAGAUCCCAUCCCACCGUAAUGCAUGGAGACAGAUUGCUGAAGAAGAUACUGGUUUUUACGUGGUAUUUUUGAAUUCAGUGAUCAGCAAAAAUAUUCAACUUCUUGACAACAAUAUUAAUAGAAUACUACAAGCGACCGAUGAGGAGGUGUCUAGCACCAGAGCCUUAUAUAUCCAGCUAGAAAAAGAUAUGAACACGGUGGUCAUGAUGCUCAAUUACUUCUUGUUACAUCUUGUUAGCCUCUACGUAAAAUCAUUUGGUCCAAGACAACCUAACGAGGGUGGUUAUCACCUGAAGAUAUUGCUUAAGGAGAUUGUCAGGAUUUACGUACAUCUUGCGAGGGGUGACAAAGAAAAUAUUUUUCCAGCUGCUAUCUCAAAGGAUAGUCAAUCAAACUGCAAGCAGUUGUUCAUAGACGUCGCAGAAAUUCUACAAGAAGACUGCUUUGUGGAAGAAUUUAUAGAGCUUGGCACCAGAGUUAAUUUUGCCACUCUGAAUGCAAUUGAAACCGAGGCUUCCCUUGGAGAGAUACCAAAUGAUUUCCUUGACCCAAUUGAAUUCAAAUUAAUGGAGGAUCCUGUAGUUCUUCCUUCAACAAAGACAGUAGACCGAUCAGUCAUACAAAGGCAUCUCCUGAAUUAUGAUACUGAUCCAUUCAACGGUCUUCCUCUUACCCAAGAAAUGAUUAUCCCAAAUUUAGAGUUGAAAGCGAAAAUCGUGAAGUUCACAAACUCUUAAGCUUUCUGAAGAACAAUUAUACGACGGAACUGCUACUUCCUGAGAAGUUCACAAACUCUAAGCUUUCUGAAGAAUAAUUAUAAGCACCACCUGCAACUUCUUGAAUAGGCACUUGCAAUAUUUGUAUGUGGAGAUACUGAUGGAGAUUCUGGCUUCGGAGGAUUCGGGUUAAUGGAUUCGGGGUUACGGUUUGUACUGUGGCAGUCAGUUAGUUGUAAGCCUUGUUUGUUUGAGAUACUAUAUGUAAC